AUGACACACCAACAUCAGAAAAUCUUCCCCACAAAACCCUCACCCUCCGCCCAAUCAUGCACCAAUCCUCCCCCACAACCAAUACUCCCUUCCAUUCCCAAACAAACCAAUCCUCCCCCACAACCAAUACUCCCUUCCAUUCUCAAACAAACCGCCACCACCUCAAAAUCCCGUACCAGACUCUUCAGUGCCAACGAUGAAAUCGUCAUUCUUAAGGCGCUAUCCGAUUACAAAUCCAAAACGGGUCACGAUCCGAUGAAACACUUCACCGGAUUUUAUAAUUCCUUUAACCAUUCGCUUAGUUUUCAACCUACACAGAAGCAAUUUCAUAAGAGGGUUUGGAAGUUGAAGGAUAAAUUUGUGAAAAACAAAAAAGUUCUCACUUUUUCUAUUUCUAGUCCUCACCAGAUUGAGGUAUUUGAACUUUCUCUCAAGGUUUGGGGACGAGACAUUGCCCCUAAGAAGCUGAAAAAGCCGUCAAAGCCAUCAAAACCACAGUCUGUUGUUGUUGAUAGCGAAUCUGCAAAGGGGAGAAGUAAGGAAGAAAAGGUUAAUAUUUGUUUGAGGGAAAUGUUUCGUUUUGGUGAAAUGGGUUUGGAUGUGUUGAAGAGAGGAAUGGACUUGGUUGGGGAAUCAGAGAGGUUAGAGUUUGAUAGAAGAUGGAAGAAGCUGAGAGUUCAAGAGAGUAGAGUGUUUCUCCAGCGGGCUGAGUUGGUUGAAAAGCAGCUUGAAUUGAUUUACAAGGCAUUGCAAGGUUCAUCUUAG